AUGGAUAAUACAGCAUAUCCAGCAUUAAAUGAAUUAUUCGUAUUUUUAAAUACUACUCUCACAAAUAUUUCAAUAUUUUAUUCAAGAAUUCCGGGUUCGGGAAUUCUUUUAAAAUAUAUUAAAAAUUCACAUCAAAAUGAUCCCUUUCGUACAGUUUUGGAAGAAAUUGAAGAUUUAGUUGAAGAAUGGCAACCUGAUCCAUUAUUACCCAAAAUUACAGAAGAACAAAAAAGAGAAUUGGAAAAAACAGUAAUGAAUUUGGGAAAUUUUGAUUUUCUUGGAUUUUCGGUUAAUGAACAUUUAAAGGAAAAAGCUAUAGAGACACUUCGUCAUUAUGGAGUUGGUUCUUGUGGUCCUCCGGGAUUUUAUGGCACAAUUGAUGUUCAUACUGAAUUUGAAAAAAGAUUAUCGGAAUUUCUUGGUACUGAGGGAACAAUAUUAUAUUCUCAGGGAUUUUCUACUAUUGGAUCGGCCAUUCCAUCAUUUUGUAAAAGAGUGAUGAAGGAUACGGGACGACGAUUAACUAGAAGAUUUAUUGUAACUGAAGGAAUAUUUGAAAAUUAUGGUGACAUUUCUCCUUUGCCUAAAUUGGUUGAACUAAAAAAAAAGUUCAAAUAUCGACUCAUUCUUGAUGAAACAUUUUCUAUUGGAACAUUGGGUAAACGAGGUGCAGGAUUAACUGAUUAUUUUGAUAUUAAUCCACAAGAAGUUGAUAUGAUUGUAGGUUCAAUGUGUCAUGCAUUACAUUCUUCUGGUGGGUUCUGUUCUGGAUCAUUUGAAAUAACUGAUUAUCAGAGAAUUUCAGGCCCAGCAUAUGUUUUUUCAGCUGCUUUACCAGCAAUGUUGGCUGUUUGUGCAACCGAAUCACUUCUUCAUUUAUCUCGAAAUCCUUAUCUUCCUGCUACAAUUCUAUCAAAUACGAAAUCCUUUAAAAAUGUAUUGUCCCACGUUAAAUAUAUUAAAUUGGAAGGUUCUCUAGAUUCUCCAGUUUUUCAUUUGAGAUUAAAUGAAGAUAUUAUAAGAGUUGGUGAUUGUGAUGAAAAAGAUAAAUUACUUCAGGAAAUUGUUGAUGAGGCAAUGAAUAACGGUAUUUUGUUAACUAGAGCUAAAUAUUUAAGGGCACAAGAAAUUUUUGGUGCUGAACCCAGUAUUCGAAUUUGCAUCACCGCUAGUUUUACCAAGAAAGAAAUCGAAAGAGCUGCUUCCACUAUUAAAAAUGUUGUUAACAAAGUUCUAAAAAACAAAAUUAGAUAA